UGAAAGAGAUGCACAAUACGAGUGGGACAGCUUCAGGUCGACGAGGAUCCUUCCAAGCAACCGCAUGAACGCAUUUCUCCUGAAAUGCAAUAAAAUAGUUGCUGAGAAUUUAAAUACAUCUUGCUGCAGGGUGCCGCAUUGCCUGGGUGAUGGUAGGAAUCGUAUUCUGCAAUGUGGUGGCUGUUGUAUUGAUCUGAGGUGCAUUUAUCUACUCCAUGCGUGCUAGUUGGCUGGAUAUCUUAGCGCUGGGUUACAACGCCCAUUGUCAAUCCUGUACAUUUUAAUGUACAUAUUUCGAUUGAGUUACUGAAUUCGCACGAUUCUGGGGGGAAAUCAACAGCGAGGAUGAUGAUCGGAAGCUGAAAGGCAGGUUGGGUGCCUGUUCGCUGCACGGAUUUGCACUGACAUACCCUGCACAAAUUACAGAGGGAGCAGGAGAACAAUGACUCACUUGCAAGCAGGGCUUUCGCCAGAAACUCUGGAGAAAGCCAAACUAGAGCUGAAUGAGAACCCAGACACCUUACAUCAGGACAUCCAGGAAGUGAGAGAUAUGAUUAUCACCCGACCAGACAUUGGCUUCCUUCGGACUGACGAUGCUUUCAUCUUAAAGUUCCUACGAGCCCGAAAGUUUAACCAUUUCGAGGCGUUCCGCCUCCUGGCUCAGUACUUCGAGUAUCGUCAACAGAACCUGGACAUGUUCAAGAACUUCAAAGCACCGAUCCAGGGAUCAAACAGGCGCCUGAAAGAUGGCUUCCCUGGAGUGCUUUCUAACCUGGAUCAUUAUGGCAGGAAAAUCUUGGUCCUCUUCGCUUCCAACUGGGACCAGAGCAGGUAUACGCUAAUAGAUAUUUUGCGUGCCAUACUGCUAUCAUUGGAAGCAAUGAUUGAAGACCCAGAACUUCAAGUGAAUGGAUUUAUUUUGAUAAUAGACUGGAGCAACUUUACUUUCAAGCAAGCCUCUAAAUUAACACCAAGUAUGCUCCGAUUAGCCAUUGAGGGACUACAGGACAGCUUUCCCUCUCGUUUUGGAGGAAUUCAUUUUGUCAAUCAGCCUUGGUAUAUUCAUGCUCUUUAUACUGUCAUUAGGCCCUUCCUGAAAGAGAAGACCAGAAAAAGGAUAUUUAUGCAUGGAAAUAAUCUAAACAGUCUUCAUCAGCUUAUACAUCCCGAAAUCCUGCCUUCAGAAUUUGGAGGGAUGCUGCCACCUUAUGACAUGGGAACAUGGGCACGAACUCUGCUGGAACACGAAUAUGAUGAUGACAAUGAAUAUGUUAGUGAUUCCUAUAAUAUGUCUUUCAAAGAUGUGGAAAAGACCCUGUCUCCAAAAUCUAUGAAGAGGUCCCAAUCGGUGGUUGAAGCUGGAGUUCUGAAACACAUAGAUAAAGAUGACGAGAAUACCCAACCUUUGCUUUCCCUGGAUUAGCAACUUCCAGGCCACAGAAUAACCAAGAGAGAGUAAAGCACUUCUUCAAAAGGGGUUCUGCGCUUAACACAGAGGACACUGUGUAAACUACUGUGGUAACAUGUCACUUGGCAUGGACAUUGCAAACUAGAAAUAGGCUGUAAUAUUUGCAGAUGCAUCCUUGCCUGCCUGUUUGGAUGGUAACUGUUGGUAAAUAAUGUCUUUAUUCAAAAAGUGGAAGUGCCAACUUUAUUGUAAAUACAUUUUCUUAUCAUCAUUGGAAAGUAUUCAAAAUCCAUUCAGCAGAAUUCAAUAUAAAAUAAUAGCAGAAAUACUUUCUAAGCCAAGUUUACCGGUUGUGCAGCCUGUACCAAGUACUGUCUGGUUAAUCUUUUACCCUUACCAACAGCCUUUUCCUUCAAGAAAGGUAAUGCUUUGGUUGGAGAAAAGUAGCUUUGGCCCAAGUUUAGGGUUCAGUAUUUCUUGUCAGUUUGAUUGUUUAAUGCGGUAACACUAUAAGAAUACUACUUGCAUUUGUAUAGCACGUUAUCGUGAUGACACACCUACAAACAAUUUACUAAAAAUGUUUCUUUCUAACACACAGUGCACUUGAAAAAGAAAAGAUCAUUGAUGGUAAAUAUGUUCAAGGGGGAAAAAACAAGCUGAGCACUCUCUUAUUCUGAAAUUUUCACAUCAGAUAUUUCUGUUACAGUGUUAUAAGAAUGUAUUUGCACUGUUUACAAUUAUCAUGGCAUCACUUUUUUACAGAUAAUUACAAUGAAAUUUGCAACACAAAAAAUAGCUGUUCAGCCCAACAAGUCUAUGCCACUGUUUAUGUUCCACUCAUCUUAUCUCAUUUUACCUAAUAUCAACUUUUCUCCCUCAGGUCUUUAUCUCGCUUCCAUUUAAAUUAGUCACCUUUUCAUUAUAUAAAUCCUCCUGAAUUAUUUAUUGUGUUUAUAUUGGCUGUCUUCUAUUUGGAUUUAGGUUUUGAACUCAUCCACAGAGAAAAAAUUGCAAAGCCUUUGCUAGUCUCAAAAAUCAUACAUUACAAAUUUUCUGGUUUGUAUCCUUUCAGUAUUUCUGCCUCUCCACAAAGUAUUUAUUGAUUUCUUUCUAUAUUUGCACUUUCCCUGGGUAGGCUGUUUCACACAUUGAUCUUCCUCUAUAUAAAUAAGUUAUAUUUAAAUUGUGUGUUUGCUAUUUUUCUCAUCUAAACAUAUAUUGUGUUACUUUGUCUUGUAUUUCAUGUUACUAUUGUCCUGAGAUACAGUUUAUUUAUUUUUUUGGGAUCCUAAUAAUUUAAUAUAACCUGCUCUGAGUCAUCUUAAUUUGUUAUGUGAAUAUUUCAAACAUUUUGUUACACCACAGGUAUUUUGUCCUGUUUCUCAGUUUUGUUGACAUUCUUUGUACUCCUUAUAAGGUUUGGAUCUCCCUCCUGUGGUAUAGACACAUAACAGUAUGCAAUUGUCGAGGAUCAGUAUUUUCAAAUGAUCUUUUCCUAUUCCUCAAGCUGUACAAUCCAAGAUUCUGUUUACCUUUUAUAUGACCACUUCAGUGUUGAUGGUUUAAAGACCUUUUCCAUUUUUUUAACAUGACAAACAGGGAGAGAAUUGUAAGAAAUAAUAGAAUUUAUGUGAAUGUAAAUCAUGUGUGUGAAUGUACCACUGCACACACUCUUUUGUCAGGGAUACUGGACUUUAUGCUAUUAUUAUUUUAAUGUAUGAGAAAUAAGAGAAAGAACCUGCAUUUACACAAUGCAUCUAUGACCUCAAGAUGUCUCAAAGGGUUUCAUAACCCUUUAAGUACUUUUGAAGUGUGAUCCUCACUAUUAUGAGGCACACAACAGUGUUGAGUUUAAGUUAGUUGAGUGGCAGAUACAAUUUUGGAUUAUUGAUCCAAAGAUAUGAGGUCAAUGAAAAUAAAUCUGGAACUUAGUCUCUGUAAAUAUAGCCAUGAAACUACUGGAAUGUCGUAAAAACCCCUAUGGUUCAUCCUUACCCUGACUUGCUUCUGUGUAUCUCCAGACACACUUACAUGGUUAACUCUUAACUUCCUCCUCAGUUCAGAGACAAUUAGUGAUGGAACAUAAAUGGCAAUGUGGCCAACAAUGCCCAUAUCCCAUGAAUGAAGUAACAAAAUGAUCAGAAAAUCUGACAACUAAUUUAUACACAACAAAUUCCCACAAAUAGCAGUUAAAUAAAAGGUUAAGUACUGUCUACGUAAUCUCCAGGAUAUCAAGAAUUAUUCUAUUCUUUGAAAUGUGUCAUUUUAAUCUGAAAGGACAGGUGAAUCUUCAAUUUUAAUGGCUCAUUCAAAACAGAGACUCUCUGACAGUGCAGCAGGGCUUCAGUACUAAUCUAUCAGCCUGGAUUCUGACAGGGAGCAUGAACACAUAACCUUCAGAUCCUGGGGCAAGAAGGCUACCAUGGAGCCAUGGACACAAAUGCUGCUUAAUAUGUGAUUAAGAGUUUAAUUGUAAAUUUUCACUGCAUUUGGUAAAUAAGACAAAUGCCAAGAACAGGAUUAAAAUAAACCAAAAAGCAAAAUACUGCAAACACUUGGAAUCUGAAAUAAAAAGAAGAGGCGAUGGAGGCACUCAGCAGCUCAGGAAGCAUUAGCAGAGAGAGAAAAACAGAAUUAAGGUUUCAGGCCAAUGACCUUUCCCUUUUUGAAUUUGGAUAAACGAAUAAUCAUUUUGAUUUAAAAGAAUAUUAGCUCUGACAACCUGAACUGCAAACUAAAAGAAGAUACCUUAUCUUGGAAAUUAGAUGUUGAGUUAAAAACUAAGAGCGAUGAAGCUGAGGUUUGACUCUAGUCCUGCUUGAGGCUUUAUUCUUUGUUAUCAAGCCAAAUUGGGAACCUAUUGUAGACCUCACAGAGCCAAAGUAGAACCAGACUGAUUGCAGGAAACAUGUCAAGUGGAACAUACAGCUUCUGUUACAGUGUAAGGGAAGAUCAAGCAAGGUAAAUUGAUGGAUGAUUGGCUAUUGCCCAUGUUAUGUCUCACUGAAAUUGAAAGUCUUGACUGUUGAAGUCCUCAUAUAAAUGCUUAAAAGGCCAGUGAAGAACUUUCAACAAAUAGAAGUUGUUCUGUUAAAUUUAAUGGAGAUUUAUAUUAAAAUGCCCAAAUGCUUUUAUGUUUCAGGUGCCUACAAUGUUUUCACCCACCCUAUGUUAUUUAGUUAACCUUUUUUUCUUCUAAAGCCAUGUUAUAUUAAAAAAAGACCCCAAAACAACACAUUGAUACAUUUUGUUAUAAAGUUAAGCAUUUAUUAUUACUUCUGCUUUAAUACUUAAUUACUUGAACAACAAGAUAUGGCAGCAUCUUCAACAAGCAAUUUAAAGCCACAUGCACAAUAAAGAUGCAAUAAGGAUACUAGCAUACUAGCCUCCCUCCUGAAAUGAGGGUGCAUUCAUCUGUGCUCUCCUGUGACAGUCACCAUGAGGCAAAGGCAGCUCUAGGAAGCUGUGUUAAAUGAUUGACACCCUGACAGCCAGUGCUUUUGGCAGACUGAUUGAAAGCUUCUUGCAGUCCCCCAGCACCCUAUGGAUCUCUGACUGAGAAUCCCUGAUUUAAUUUUUCAAUAUCAAUUGGAAUCUCACAUUAUUCAGCCGAAGAAAAAAAUUAUUGAAAUCCAAGCUUUCAAUGAAUAAUUUAUUUCUUUGUGAUAAAACAGAGCUUUGGAUGGGUCUGAGACAUUUUCAUUUUUAGCAAUGGACUCAAUUAUGUUUCAUUUUAAAAUGUCUAUUAGCCUUUAGCUUUUACACUAUUCUUGUUUUUAUGUCUUCCAUGUUUUGAUAUAUUCAGAACCCAUCUUCAUUCCAGAACUGAUGGGAUGUGAAGUACAUAGUGGAUGCUGAGUUUAAACAAAAUUGUCCUUUCCCUAGAAUAUAAUAACCACAAGAUCACUGAAUUAACAGGUAACAGCUUUCAGGAAAAAGUAUGGGAUUAUUAUGUGACCAUUUAAUAAUUUAUCAUUAUUAAACAUUAAUUUAUUAUUCAAUAUUAUUCGCACAAAUAUUGCACAUGAUUAUUCAAUUCAGCAGACUUCACAUGCUAUAAUCAGAAGCAUUCAUUUGGCAAAUGAUGUAAAUAAAAGCAAUGUAGAACAAAAUGUAAGUACAUAGGUACUACUUAGAAGGAAAUUUUGAUCUAAAUGAUUUGCGCUAAAGUUGUUGUAUGUGUUUUGAGAAAUGAGCUGCAUUUUAUUAUAACAUUUUAAAGAUUAGGAAAUACUCAAGAGGUUUCUCCAUUUCUUAUGCAAUCCAGUCUCUGCAUUUAUGAAUACUUACCCAAAGUAUAGAAGAAUAAUUUUCUCAUCUACGAUUCAUAGUGUUGAUUCAUAAACAAUGACUCACGUGCAACAUCUGAUGCAAUGAAAAUAUGAUAUGAAUCUCUUACAAUGUAAUGUACAUUGUUAGUUUAUUGCUUCUAGGUACUGGAUAAAAGAAAUCUCAUGAGAGUUUGUUAUAUUUGCUUUGUUCACACUAUGUUUUAUUUGUAGCUAUCUCCUUCUUUGGCAUAUAUAAUACUCCAGGAUUUAUUUUGUUCCCUGUAGUACUAUUGCCGUGAACAUUAUAGAGAAUAUGUGGAGAAACACAAAGUUGAGGCAAAUAGCAUAUACUGAUUGUAGAAAGAUGUCAUGCCAGCAACUUUCAAUGUACGUAGACUGCAUUUAUGCCUAGAAAUAUAUUUUGUUCUAUUUAUGUUUGCUUUUUUUGCUGAACAGCAGCAUAUGGCAAAAAGAAAAAUAAUAUGCAAAUGUAGUAUUUAAAAUGGAACCAAAGCUAGGAUUCCUGUCAAGAUGAAAAGAUCUUUGAGAUGAAAUUAAAUAAGGCUGGCUUAUCUUGAUCUUAUAGUAUUAUACAGUUACACAAUUGUAUCAUUUAUCAGUGGUUUUCUAUUACCUCUAGUUGAAAUCUAAAGUAAUUGAAUGUGACUUAGAAACAAGACAUGAAUGUAGAUCAGAGAAUUAGGCCUGCAAAUGGUAGCACUACUUCUGAUCUGAACUAUGAACUACUACAGCUCUGGGCUGAAUAAAUAUUACAAACUGAAUUGUACUCCAUCUGCAAAAAUGUUAAGUAGGCUAAAGUUCUUUGGGGUUUCUGGAAGUCUGCUAAUUUUUAAAUUACUAUUAAAUUCUGACAGUAAAAAUAGCACUUCAUGAGAAUAUUUUUUUGUGGACAGCUUCUAAUAAGGUCACAAAACUGUUUUAACUAUGUUAACGAUUAACCAGUUAGAAGAAAAACAUAACUGCAAAUCACACUGUUUGAAUAUUUUUUUCUUUUUUCAUUAAGUUUAGUGUAUAUGCAUACAAGAAUUAUGCUCAAGCAUGUACAGUAAUAUUUCUGCUUGUAUCUAUCUUUUUUUUACUUAACUCAACAAAUGGAAGGUAACAUGAGCUUUUAUAACUAAAAUAAUGUGGCAGUUCAAAAACUACAUUUCCUCUUCGGUAUCUUUUGUUCUUGUUAAACAUAGAAAAUGCUGGAAAUACUCAUCAGACUGUCUGUGGAGAGCAAAGUGAACAUUUCAAAUUAAUAACAUUUCAUCAGAACUUUUCUCAGAUCUAAGGAAAGGUCAUCAACGUGAAAUACAUUUCUCUUUCCAGAGAUGCUGCUCGACCUGCUGAGUACGCUAGCAUCUACCAUUUUUUUUGCUUUUUGAUAUCCUUGGUUUUGUUAAGGAGGAUUCCUGGAAGCUCCACUUUGCAUCAUCUUCAACUCUUUGUCAGUUCCACCUAUCACCUCCCAGCUUCUGACAUCAUUCCCACUCGCUCCCUCCUUCAUCUGUUUAUCACCCCCCCCUCACCUGGAUCCACCUAUUACCUGCCAGCUCUUACUCCACCCCUUCCCUCUACCUUUUUAUACUGGCCAUCUUUCAGUCCAAAUGAAGGGUCUCGACCCGAAACAUCGACUGUCCAUUUCCCUCCUUAGAUGUUGUCUGACCUGCUGAGUUCCUCCAGCACUUUGUGUGUUGCUCCAGAUUCCAGCAUCUGCAGUCUCUUGUGUUUCUAUAAAUUUGUUGUGCUGGUACUAAACCAGAGUACAUAAUGCAUUUUUUUUUCAGGGGUAGAAAAUGUCUUAAUAUAGAAUUUGAAAGUUUGGUCUAAGAUUUAUAGAGUCAUACUGUAUGGAAACAGACUCUUUGCCCAAUUCAUUCAUGCCGACUAAGGUGCCUUCCUGAGCUAGUCCAAUUUGCCUGCGUUUGGCCCAUAACCCUCUAAUCCAUGAACCUGUCCAAAUGUCUUUUAAAUGUUGUAAUUGUAAAGACGUCUACCACUUCCUGUAGCAACUCGUUCCAUAUACCCACCACCCUCUGUGUGAAAAACUUGCCUCAGAUCCCCUUUAAAUCUUUCCACUCUCACCUUAAACCUAUGUCCUCUACCCUGGGAAAAUGACUGUGUCUAACUACUUUAUCCAUGACCUUCAUGAUUUUAUAAAUCUCUAUAAGGUCACCCCUCAACCUCCUUCGCUCCAUAAAAACAGUCCCAGCCUAUGCAGUCUCUCCUCAUAGCUCAAGCCCUCCAGUCCCAGCAUUAUAUUUGUGAAUCUUUUCUGCACUCUCUCUCACCUAAUCAAAUCAUUCCUAUAGUACUGUGAUGAGAACUGUGCAUAAUAUUCCAGUUAGGGUCUCACCAACGUCUUGUACAGCUAUAACAUAAUGUCCCAACUCUUUUACUCAAUGCCCCUUCCAACGAAGGCAAGCAUGCCAUAUGCCUUCUUCACCACUUUGUCUACUUGUGUCAUCACUUUUAGGGAACUAUGUACUUGUAGCCCUAGAUCUUUCUGUUCUACAAUGCUCUCCAGGCCCCUGUCAUUAACUGAGACAGUUAAGUAUCAAGUCCUGCCCUGGUUUAACUUCCCAAAAUGCAUCACUUCACACUUGUCUGAGUUAAAUCCCAUUUGCCGUUGCUUUGCCCACUUUCCCAGUUGAUCUAGAUCCUGUUGUAACCUGAGAGAAUCUUCUUCACUGUCCACCACGCCACCAAUUUUGGUGUCAUCUGCAGACUUACUGAUCAUGCCACCUACACUCUCACCUAAAUCGUUCAUAUAUAUGACAAACAGCAGGGAACCCAGCACUGAUCCCUGCAGUGCCCCACUGGUCACAGGCCAAUAAUCUGAAAAACAACCCUCCACUACCACCCUCUAACUCCUUCCACCAAGCUAAUUUUGUAUCCAACUGUCUAGCUCAUCCUGGAUUCCAUGUGAUCUCAUCUUCUGGACCAGUCUACCUUGUGGAACCAUGUCAAAGGCCUUGCUAGACUCCAUGUAGAUAAUGUCUACUGCCCUGCCCUCUUAGUCACCGCUGCAAAAAACUCAUUUAAAUCUGUGAGACAUGAUUUCCCAUGCACAAAGCCAAGCUGACUCUCCCUAAUCAGUCCUGAUGCAGGGUUUCGAUCUGAAGUGUUGAUAAUUCCUUUCCCCCACAGAUGCUGCUUGACCUGCUGAGUUCUUCCAGCAGAUUGUUUGUUAUUGCUAAUCGUCCUUCCCUUUCCAAAUGCAGAUAGAUCCCGUCUCUCAGAAUCCCCUCUGGUAACUUUCCCACCACUGAUGUAGGACUCACUGGACUAUACUUCCCUGGCUGGUCCUUGUAGCCCUUCUUAAAUAAAGGCUCCUUCAAAUUUAAUAACUAAGUUAGCUACCUUCUGGUCUUCCAGUACCUCACCUGUGGCUAACGAAGACAAAAAAAUCUCUGCCAGAUAUAUAUCACAUUUUCCUGUUAAUUUUUUAGUGUAGUUUUAAAUAGCUAAAGCACUUUGUGAAUCUCAAUUGAAACAGUAAGUGGGUCCUGCUCUUGUGUGUAUGCACAACAAAGAUACACAUUUUAUGUUUUUGAAGUUAUGCUCCUUGGUAAUCUAUAUUGUCCUUCUUGCUAAUCUUUGCACUAAAAGAAACUUAGAUAGUAUAAUGAAAGGGCAAGAGUGAUACCAUACCACUUGAAGUGCACGGUGCAUUUAAAGUAGACUAUUAUUCAUUCAUAAUGUUUUCAAAAUAUUGUUUAAUUCUGGAUGAACAAAAUUGACCUUCCACAUUCACUGGGACUAGGGCUCACACUGAUGUUUAUAGCUAUUUCAGAUCCUCUAGUCAAACUGACACAGCACAUCAAAACCUAUGGGCUUAUGCCAGGUACAACAUGCCCCCAAUAUAUGACUUAUUUCUGCCUAGAAAUUUGAUUUCGCCCAUUUCCUGGUGUGUGAACCCUGGACAUUCACCACAAGAUCAUCGAGAUUGUCCCAGUGCUAUUGUGACAUGUGGAAUGAUCAAUGAUGUAGAGACGACCAUGUGUAGCUUUGAUAUGCACAGUGUAUGGGGUAACUUGUAAGGAAUAGCAGAGUUGGACAAAAAAAGUUUAAACCAGUGUUAGACCCAGAAUGCAGUACUAAAAUGGGAUUGAAUUGUUCUUGAUGGGAGCUGUAUGAAAAGUUCCGAAAGCUACGUCUUUGCUGCGUUGAUGACUUGGGAGGGGAUCUAGCCUAAAUAUAAUUACCCCCUAUGGCAACCACAGAACUGUUGCAGGAAAGGCUGCUAUGGAGCUGAAGGAAAAGGCAGGGAUAUUUUAUUUUGUGUAUGGACACUCACCAUGAGAUCAUCUACCCUGAUCAAAUCCUGUGCUGAGAUUGGCCCAGUGCCAUUGUGACAUGCGGAAUGAUCAAUGAUGUAGAGACGACCACGUGUAGCUUUGAUAUGCACAGUGUAUCAAUGCUCCAAUUGAUAUGAAACAACCAGAGCAUUGAAAACUGAGGCUGCCAGUUGCUGUGUAGAGGACAUCAAUGUCACAAUGAAGAAACUAAUUGAUAUCUCAUUGACUAUCUCAGUACGAUGAGCUCCUUUACUGUGACCAUUUAAUAAAAGUCAUAGAUUGCACCCAAGAAUUUAGUAGAGGAGGAAACAUGGUGCAUGACUUGUGACAUCAUGAGGUGUGUGACUGAAAAAUGUCAGAUGCAUUAAGGUGAACCGUGCACCAAAGUGCAUGGGAAAACUUCCCAAUAGGUGCAAUUUCUCCUGAAAGUGGCCGCAAGUGAAAUCUAACCUGGGUUAAAUCACUUUUAAUUGUGAUUUGCACAUAAGGAAAAAGCACUAAUGGAUCCAAUUUCUAGGCAGUGAUCACAUGCUUUCUGAAGUUUAGCAAAGGACUGAAAUUAACUGGACGCUUUCUGCUUGUGUUUAGAAGGUUUCCAUUGUUUAAACCCUGGUGCUUUCUAUUUAAUACAUUAAUGGAUAGAGAUGAAUGAGAGGCAUUCUUCAUAUUGUUUGCCGGCUUACAUUUGAGAGCUUGCAAGAAAUGCCAUUGUACAUCAAUACGAAUAUUUAUAAUUCCAAAAUCACAAUAUAUUGUGGCAUGCAGAAUAGAAUUUCCAUUGCAUCUAUCAUUGUGCAUAUGCAAGUUAGGUAACCCUUUUGAAGUAAAAUUUUAAUGUGAAUUAACAACACACGCAGGAAGAAUAGCAUUCUUCAUUAAUUUAAGAGCAUUUAUUCCUCUUUUCCUACAUAGUAUAUCCACUUACAAGUGAACCAAAAGUUGCAGAAUUAAACCUCUGUUGGUGUUAAGUAAACUGGCCAACGAUACCCUGAACUUCAAAAGCUGUGAUCGGUUCUAUAAACUUUAAAACCAGGAAAAUUCGGCUAAAUAAUAUUUUUUCCUUCUGAACAAUGAUUAAAAAAAGGAAUUUUCAUUGGGUUUAAUGCAUCCCUGCUUUAAGCCCUGGCGUAAUAGUAAGUAAAAUACAAAUGACACAGGCAGUAGGUAAAGCUUGUUAUUAACAUACACUGCUGCUUAACUCGUUCACUCAUUUAAAAAAAAAUCAGUGACGUGGGUCACAGUUUAGUGAAAAGGGUGUACAAUUAUCAUUUUUUAAAUAUAAUUUCCAAGUAAAAUGCUGUUGAAUGACAGAAUAUUUUCUAUAUCUUUUUCUAGAAAAUAUUAUAUUUUCUUUCAGCCACCUUUAAACAUAUUUUUCAGAUCUUUUUCUAAAACCUGAGCCAUGGAAAUAGAAUCAGAGCUUGUUGUUAUGGUAACUGGAAAAUGGUUACUUCUCCAUCCUGCCAAUAUAUGUUUUGUUGUUUAAAAAAAUCCAUUGCUUUCGAUUGAUGCAACAGUUAUAGGUGAGGCUUUCACAAGAAAGCGAUCAAUUCUUGAAGUUGUGUCAUUUUUAUCCUCUCCCCACUUUGGUGAUCUGGAUCAGAAACUAAAAUGAAUAUUAAAAUAGGAAACAGAAACUGGUACUGGUAAUAUGUGCUAUAUAUUUUACAUAGAUUGAAAUAAGUUUUACUUGCAUUAUAUGUGGCGUUUUCAGACAUGCAUUUUAUGAACCGCAAAGUGAUGCAAAUUGCAUUGGAUAAGUAUGAUGGUUUUAACUUACCUCAUUGAAUCCAUCUUUAUAUUUAUUUAUUUAUGGAUCAGUAUUAUAAUGCACAUAAUUUCACCAAAAUUACUCUAAUUUUCAGCCAAAUUAUUUAGAACGAUAUUGUACAUACCUAACAGAAAGUAUUGCUUAUUCUAAAUUUAUAGCUCCCAUUUAUAAUACCUUCCAAAGUUCACUUACAGAGAACUAUACCUAGUCCUCCUUGUUCACACUUAGAUGCUACCUUUCAAAUAUCAAUUAAAUCUAGCAGGUACUGGUUCAAAUAUCCUCAGCUCUUGGGAUCUAAUGGGACAGCUUUGACCUAGUAGUGAGGAGACGUAGAAAGAGUCUGGAAAUGCCAGCCUCUGCCCUCCCGAGGAGCCAGCAAGAUUUUCUUUUGGGGCGUGGGGCAAGAUAACCAGUAUGUCUUCUCCCACCAAAAUUCCCACAGCUCCUGCUUCAUUUCCACAUGGUGAUCUGAAUACCAGUUAACCAGACUAUUGUAGAGGGAGGAGUGGAUUCUAUCUGAAAAGUACUAGAGUGCUGAAUUACAUUGGUCUCAUGAUAUUGUUGUCCAUCAGCCUUCUUCAAGUACAAGCUUUUCAUCCAGUGGUAGUGGGUUUGCUUCUCUGAGCAAUUUGCCAACAGGGCUUUCUCCUGUUCCCUGUUCCCUCAUUGGAUGCUAAAAUUAUGGUCAAACUGCUGUGGGUGGCAACUGAAAAUAAUGAAGUUUGAUGGCUGUCCCAACCCCAGCUACUCUGGCAGAGUCAGGCUCACUGCCAUACAUAGUUUGGUGAAGUGUGCAAAGGAUUUUUGGGCUAUCUUCUCUGCGGUCACAAGGAAAUUCUGUGCUGAUGGUGAAUAAUUUCACCACUGAAUCCCAUAGUGCUCCAAUAUACACUAGCAGCAAGUUAGUUAUCUCACCAUUUGUUCAAGCUUGGAAAAGUUGUCAGCAUAUUGUACUUGCUACCUGUAGAUAAACUAUACUGGUCGGCUUGCUGCAAGCAUGUACCUUCCUAUAAUUAUCAUUACUGCACCUGGGACAUUUAAAUUUGCACAAUAAAUUAUUUUCAUGAAAUUAUGGGAAAGGCACUGUAACCUAUUGUUAUGCAAUUUUUUCAUGUAUCUGCAAAAAUGUUACGCUAAUCUUAUGUAACAGCUUCCAUAAAAAUGCCAUGUUAUGUAUUAUCUCUUUGUAUAAUGAUGUUGACCUUCAACAUGGAGGCCCAAGUUUGUCAAGUUUCAAUCUUUUUGAAGUAAUACUCACUAUUUUUUGGCUGGAAAAUGUAAAACGUUUCUGUAAGUCCCCCUCUUUGAAAAUAAAUGCA